GACUACUUAUACGACCACUCAGCGGAACUCAUGCUCUCCAAAUAUGGCCCCUCUAUCGGCGAGCGCGGGAUUCGCGCUCUCGGCAACCUAAUUGGUACCGACCCGAACAGCCUGCGAGAACACGCCCUCAGCCGCAUCCUCUAUCGCCAGGUCUCGCGUUACCUGGAGUCCCUCUUCGCGCUGCACUGUGCCAUCCCCGUACAGCCGCCU